AUGCCUCGCAUCAUUCUUUUGGGUACCUGCGACACAAAGCUCGAAGAGCUACUGUACACUCGCGAGCGGAUUCUCGCCCAUAAAGAUACAACUGUCACCCUGAUAGAUGUCGGUCGUGAAUCCAUCUCCAACAACGCAAUCACUGUCCCCUCAAAUGAACUUACGGCCAAAUACGCCCCAGACGGUGCGCCAACGGACAUCAGCGCUUUGGACCGUGGCCAGCUCAACAAGCAUAUGGCCGCCUGCGCUACAAACUACAUCCGCGAACUCCUCGAACGCCAGCAAGGGGACUCGGCAACUACCACGGAAUCCGUCACAGCGGUCCUUGGCCUUGGUGGCAGCGGAGGCACUUCUCUCGCCGCAGCCGUAAUGCGAGAAGCCUUCCCUAUGGGUUUCCCCAAACUGAUCGUCAGCACCAUCGCAAGCGGCGAGACUGGCCCCAUCGUCGGCGAGACGGACAUCACCCUGAUGUACUCCAUCGUCGACAUUGCCGGCCUCAACACCAUCCUCCGCACCGUACUCUCUAACGCUGCCGGUGCUAUCGUCGGCAUGGCUCACGCCUACCUCAAGACUCUCGAAGACCGCGCAGCAGGAAAGAACAACGACCCCAACUCCAACGACAAGAAGAUCCCCAUCCGCCUAGGCAUAACCAUGUUCGGCGUCACCACGCCCGCCGUCACCGCCAUCCGGCAGUACCUCUCGCAGCUCUCCGCCGCACCGCCCUCCGCCUGCCCGUACACCUUCCCAGACACGCACGUCUUCCACGCCACCGGCCACGGCGGGCUCGCCUACGAGCGCCUCGUCCGCGCCGGCGCCCUCGACGCCGCCAUCGACCUGACGACGACGGAGCUGGCCGACCACCUGAUCGCCGGCACCAACAUGUCCGCCGGCCCCACGCGCCUCUCAGCCGCCGCAACAGGCGCCCCCUCAGCCGCAACCGCAACCGCCGCCCCCAACCACCAACACGGCGACAACAACGGCAGCGGCGGCGGCAGCGGCGGCGGCAGCAGCGGCGCAGCAAGCGGCACCACCACCACCAUCCCGCACAUCGUCUCCCUCGGCGCCACCGACAUGGCCAACUUCGGCCCCCGCGCCACCGCCGUGCCAGACGCCUACGUCCGCGCCGGCCGCACCCUCUACGAGCACAACCCGUCCGUCACCCUCAUGCGCACCUCCGCCGCCGAGUGCGCGCAGAUCGGCGAGCACAUCGCCGCGCAGCUGCGCCGCGCCAAGGACCCGCGGAAAAUCCAGGUCUGGGUCCCGCGCGGCGGCGUCAGCCUGAUGAGCGUCGCCGGCGGGCCCUUUGAGGACCGCGAGGCGGACGAGGCGCUGUUCAAGGCGGUGAGGGAGGGCUUGGAGGGGAGUGGGGUGAGGGUCGUCGAGGAUGAGAGGGCGAUUAAUGAUGAGGGGUUUGCGAGGGCGGUGGUGGAUGCGUUGGUGGGGUUGUUGGGGGUGAAGAAGGAGUGA